AAAUCAUAUGUCAAACGAAAAAUAAUGGUAAAGAUACAGUUCCCAAAUCUUUGUACUGUACAGUACAUGUAUAUAUAGAAAUGUAACUGAUUACUGUACAUAUGUCCAAAAUGCAAACACGAAUACAAUAGAGACAAUUCAGAUUGAUUACAUUUAAAUUUAUUUAACAUUUUUUAAACAAAGACCAGUUUCUAACAUAAGAUGCAUAUAUAUCGUAUACCUUGCAAACAAAUGUACUAUAUAUUUUAUGUAUUUAAAACUAAAACUUUAUACUUUUUCAGAUUUUUUUAUACGUAUAUUUAUAAAUAGCAAUUUAAAUUAUUUUCUUUAAUUUUAGAUGCCACGAAAAUGUUGUGUGCCCGGAUGUAGAUCUAAUUAUGGUACACAGAAGGAAUACACUAACGUUUUCAGUUUUCCCAAAGAUCCUGUUCGAUGUAAACAAUGGAUUAAAGCAAUACAUAGAAAAGAUUUUGAACCCAGUACUAAUUCUGUAGUUUGCAUACAUCAUUUUGAUGAACAGUUUAUUAUUAGAGAAGAUAGCGCAGUGCGUGUUGAUGGUACUGUUCUCACUGUUCAACAUAAACAUCCUAGUCUAAAAAAGGAUGCAUUUCCUAUAAAAUUUCCAAAUCAGCCAUCAUACUUAUCUACUAUACUUCCAACAAAAAGACGCAAUCCAAAAGAAAGAUCAACUGAAUUGCUCGAAAGAGAAGAAAAAAUAUAUAAAAAUUGGUUAUCCACAGAUAAGAUUAAUUUUAAGGAGUUAGAAAAAAUUGGAAGGAAAAGAAUUCCUGAAGAUUGGAUUACAAUACCAUCUGAAAUGGAUUCAUUACAAUAUAUUUCUUUUUUAAAAAUAGAUGUUACACAAUGUCCAAAAAUUAUUAUUGGUAUCAAAGUUAUGAAGAUUUAUCUGUUGAAAUAUGGCAAAAUGAAAUUUCGAUUGCUGUAUCAAAAUUUAAGUGGAUAUUAAGUGAUAGCAUGAAGUGUGAUCUAUGGAGCAAGUUUGAUUGUUUAA